AAGGUCCCUGGGCGCCAUUUCCGCUCGCCAUUUCGCGCAGGGCUUGUGUUCAUUGCCCGUUCCGCCGCCGCCAUGACGGACCGAUAUACUAUCCACAGCCAGCUGGAGCAUCUGCAGUCCAAGUACAUCGGGACGGGCCACGCCGACACCACCAAGUGGGAGUGGCUGGUGAACCAGCACCGGGACUCGUACUGCUCCUACAUGGGCCACUUCGACCUGCUCAACUAUUUCGCCAUCGCCGAGAACGAGAGCAAGGCGCGCGUCCGCUUCAACCUCAUGGAGAAGAUGCUGCAGCCCUGCGGGCCGCCCGCCGACAAGCCCGACGAGUCUUAGCCCGCCCCGAGCCGCCUCCCGGCUCCACCCCCAGGGCGCUGUGCCUUCGGGGCGGAUGGACCGGAGCGAGUAGCGGCAUCGGGGCUCCGCUGAGCUCGCCUGCCCGCCCGCUGAGACCGACCCCGGCAACGCGAGGCUGUCGUUACCCCCGUGGGGAAGGACCAAGGAGCCGCACCAGGGAGCAAAGGGAGCUCUGACGACUGGCCCUCAGGCCUCGUGGUCCCUCUGCUUCAGUGUGGUGUGGUCUCGGAGGACUCUGACGGGAGAGGCCUCGCAAACCGCCAGCUUCUGGACAGCUUCAGCUCUUACGUGUACCAUUGUUCGUAUCUUUUAGGAAUGGAAAAUAAUAAAUCUUACUGGGCAUUUCUAAUGUUUUGUUUGGUAAUCGGCUAAUAAGAGGUACUUGUUCUGAAAGGAGUGCUGGUUAAGCGGUAUUAAACGUUUAUACAUCCAUCCGAGGUGCGAAGCUCGGAUAAAGGGUAGCAUUUUCCCAGGGGCCUGGCCAGUGCUUGCUUGCCGGAGCUGUGUUUUGAGGAUCCUUGCUGACGAGUUUGAUGUGUUAGUGUUUAUUGUGUGUGGUGAUUUGUGGUACAGCACAAGUCAGUCACUCCAGUGCUUCAAAAAUCCAAAAUGGCUUUUCUUUAAAUACCUUUUCCUUACCUCAUCUUCCUCUUUCCUGUACUUGUGGUUUCCAAACUUUGAUUCUCUCUGAUCCAACUUAGCUGCUUUUUUACUAGUGUUUUGUAGUCAUGUGGUGUUUUGUUGGUUUUUUUUUCUACGUUACUCUAAACAAGUGUAUUAAUGUGGGGUUGGGCACUGUUAAUAUGAAACAGGAAUAUAAUGGUUACUCACUUACUUCAAAGUAAAAUGCUUUAAGGUGAAAGAAUCUUAGACUGCAAACUGAACUAUGUUGACUUCUGUCACUUAAAGUAGGCCUUCUGUUCACUUCAAAAUCUCAGUUCUGAUGAGCGGGAAGAGUAAAGCGUAGAGAUCUGUUGCUUGGAGAAACUAAGUGCUCUGAUUUCAGACAUGGAUCAUUGUAGCUCUGUGUGGCUGUGGUUUUGGUGUGAAUUCUUUUUCUAACAGAGGAGAGUUCAGUGUUUUCUGAUCCUGUUAAGACUGAACACAAGCUUACCAAUGAUUUUAGUUUUUUCCUGGUCUCAAAACACUAUUGAGUCUUACAAAACUCAGCUAUUCUUAAUAAUACGAUAAAGUAAUAAAAAGUGCAAAAGCUCCUGGCGCCAUGUUAAAGUGAGUACAUCUUUAUUCUGAAGAAUGCAGAGAUGGCAUUUUUCCAGUUUUGUUGCACAUAUUAAGAUGGGGGGGGGGGUGGUGUGUGAAGUGGUCCUAAAUAAAUGUUACCUGCAAGUUUUGUGGGGAACUACUGCAAUUUUCAGUAAAUGAGGGCGAUUUGUUUGGUUUUCACUUCUCAUGCAGGUGAUUUGAAGGUCAUAUCUUCCUCACACACCGAGGAAUGAAGCUGAAAGUUUUUCCUUGAGUUCAGGCACUUACUAGUAGGUGUGCAAUGCAGGCUUGCAAAAAUUGGGUAAACUUUUAUGUAAAUCAGGCAUGUUUCCUAUUACUGUUAGUAGAAGUCUGCUUCAGGAUCAAAUCUUAGGAACUUGCCUUUUCCCUGAUAGGAAUAGGCAACAUGCUCAGUGAAAGAGGGUGACAUGGGAGAGUCUCACAGGGAAAGCUGCUGGUCCAUUUUCUCGUGCCUUACACAUACCAUAGCUAUUCUAUCGUUGAAAAAGAACAGAAGCAUCAAUUACUCUGUUUCCUUGCCCAGAAGUAGCUCUGUGAGGUAUCUUGUCUGCUGGCAGCCAACAGGCAGUCGGUGUGUGGAGCAGACAUCAAUGUUAGGGUUGGUUCACUGGUGGCAAAGGAGCUUGAGCCUCAGUGCUGGAACUUGGGAACUGGAAGAGCUGGGGUGAGGGUACAGCUUCUUCUGUAGCAGGUUGGAAACUGAGUUUGCAAAGUUCUGUGAAGAUGAGUCUUGAAUCUCUUUAACAUGGAAGGAAGAAGAGAAACUGCAACUUAAUCCACUCCUGUGUAAGUUAAAACUUAAAAACAUUUAAAGCAAGAUUUCUUUGAGACUAAGCUGCUACAGUUAACUCUAUUGAUGGGUGUUCUCGAUACAUUUUAAAAUGUGAGCAACAAAUGUAUGCCACAAAAGUAAAGAUUAAUGUCCCCUUGCAGGCCAUUACAUAGCACAGGCAGCAUUCAGAGAUGGGUCAGUUACAUGCUGAGUAAACUCGCUGGUUCUGUCAUGUGUACUUGCUUGAAUCCCGGUUAAGCAUAUGCCUCAUGUGGUUGGAAAAGGUUUUUUGGGGUGCCUGUACUAAGUGAUAUUUGCGAGACAUUGCAAACAUUUCCUUAAGAAAUGUAGAAAAGCAAAGUUAGAAUUCCUGAGAGUUCAAGAUAAACUUGAAGGCAAAUGGGAGACACUGAAGAGUGUGUUUCUGGGCUAUGGUAUUCUUCUUAAAUCCCAAAGCAUUUUUAAAACCAGUGAAGGUAGUGAGCUGUUCUUGGUAUUGGGAAGAGUAACACAUAGUAAGAAUAUGAUUACCUGUCCUACUGGGAUACGUCUUUUUUACCUCCAUCCUGAUUAAAAGAUGAAGGGUACUGUUUGUUUAAAAACUUGCUGUAUAUCUGCGUGAUGUUUCACAUUGAAGCAGUAUGGCUUUAAUUGGCUUCCCACUGUGAUCUCUGGCUCAUUUUCCAGAGUUUCUGUAGCUUAAUUUCACAUAGUGUGAAGUAUGAGAAAUAUGAGCUGUUUCCAAUGUGAUGUGUGUUGUAUUUGAUAAGAAGAAAUUUCACCUGCUUGUGUUCUGGUAAUCAGCAUGUCUUUGUAAAGUCUCUGUAGAGUAGAACAUAUAUGCAUUUUUUAAUUCAGAAAUUUCUAAUGGAUAUUAUAUAUAGUAUUUAAUGACUGUUUAUCUAAAAAUAGGAUACUGAACCGAUGCUAGGUUGGCUAGGAUUUAUGAAUGCAGUGAGAAGUGGAUAGCAGGUGGAAGGAGAAAGGUUUGCUUCUGGUGCCUUAGUUAUACAUGAUUGAAGAGAAGAAGAACCAAGCUUGACUCUGUCAGAAGAAAAGCAUGCAAAGCUUCAUGCUAAGAUGGUUUAUUUCACUUAUAAAUGGGCUAUGCUUAAGCCAGAAAAUAUUACUGGAGAAGCACACUGCCACCUUUAUUUUUAAUUAUGCUUGCUACCAUUUUCUUAGUAAUGUGGCUGUCUUUUACAACAGGUAGUGUAAGUGUAAGGUUUGCUAAUUGUUUUAUAUAAUAAGAAAUUUCCGCAGCUUGCUUGUUUUCCAUAUUCUAGUUUUCAUUCUAAGUGUUUUUUUCUUGUGCUACACCAGAGGGCAGCAGAUGCAGCUGCUCUUCAACUGGAGGCACAGAUCAUUAAUAGAAUUGCAUUUUGUCGUGCAAGUUCUCUCUGAAAAAAAAAAUAUAUGAAUACUUCUAAAAAUCGAAACUUUCCAAUAGUCAGAAAUACUUAUUUUUCCAAUGUAAGGUUCAGGACAUGCAUUAUAUCUUUUAUGCACCAUGUGCGAAUAGAGCAGUAUGGGAGCCCUAGCACAGUUGGGAAAAAAAAAUCCAUUUUGAGGUGGAAUCAGAAUUUUUGAACAGGUCAAUUACAACAGCAUUUACUUAGGUUCAUGCAGGGAAUAAUUAAACCCAUGUUUUCUUCUGUGUCACAGCUGGCUUAGAAGUUUUUCAUAGUCUGAUGCCUCUUGGGUAAUGCUGAUAACAGUGUUUGUGGGGCUGCAGUGUAAUAAAUCACGUUGCUGAAAGAGUGUUUAGAUUAAACUUGCAAAGUUAGAGUUUGUAACCAUCCUACCAAGCCCUGAGGUUACAUUUUAUGUCUGAUUUCUCUCAUCACAUUUAUAGCUUGACUGCACAUGGCACUGGCACAGCUGAAUAGUGAACUGCUGUGGACAGACUGAGAAUAACCAGGCUGAUGCAGGACUGUCUGAACUCUGGAGCAUUUGUAUUGUAUGUCCCAUUUGGUAUAAAUAUUGAAAAAAAACAAAUGUACGAUGCUGAUGAAUGGAGAAUAGUAAAUUCUUGUGGUUUAUGA